UCCAGACUCAAGCGAUAUUCCCACCUCAGCCUCUCGAGUAGCUGGGACUACAGGUAGAAUUCCUAGCGCUGUCAGCUAAAAUGAAGAUGUCUUCAAGAUGGGCCUCCAGGGCUAUUGCAAAACAGCUGCUGAUGGAAGGAAAUUCCACUUGCUGUGCCUUAUACCAGGCCGGGAGUGUCACAAGAGCCCUUUACAAGCUGCUCCCACACUGACCAAAAUUGUCUUCUCGACUCCACAGUUAUGUUGUCCCUGUGCCUGCAGCCUGUGAAUGGAUGCCCCACCACCUCCGUCACGGCAGUGGUCAGCACAGAUAAAUGCACAGAACACACAUUGCUCUGGCCCUCUGAGAAGAGAAUGUUAGGCUUCUGAAAGAAGAGAUAAGUACUGAGAGCUAACAUCUAAGAAUCAAAAUAAUAUAUUCAGUAAUUAUUUUCUGAACCACUGACCUAUCCUAAUGCUCUGACCCAUACAUUCUUUACAACGUCUACCCGUACAUUCCAGGGCCCUUUUCCCAGGGCCCUUUUUCUCCCUCCAUCCCUCUUCCUGCUCCCCCUCUUUUGCACAGGGCAUGUUUCACAUAUACAAGAUGUCUUUACGUGUCAUCCCACUUUAGAGAUGAGGAAAUUGAGUCUCAGGGAGGGUAAACAUCAACUUUGUCUUGGGGAAAGGGCAGGAAGCUGGAGGAGAGGAGGAAAUGAGCUCUGGCAAAGGACAGAGGACAUGGCUGGGAUCCUUAUGGGGUGGUGUAAGGGUACCCGUGCCCCAGGAUCUGUGGGGUGAGGGUGGCGGUGACCAGUGCUGGGACCAGUUCCUCCUCUCUUGCUCCCAAGCCCACAAGAAGGCGGGGAGAAAGGGUGAGGUAGGGGGCUUCGGGAGAGCGGAGAGAGUUUGGAAAAAAUACAUCUCUCCUCCCCGGCGGCUUUCCGGAGACCCUCACACAGCGCCCCCCGCCCCGCCCCAGUACAUUUCCUUUCAGGGAAAGGCACAGGGAAGAGGCUGCCGGGAAAUGGCGGCCGCGGCCGGGCUGGGGCUUCAGCGGGAGGCAGCAGAGGGGAAGUGGCCAGCGUGGCGAAUGACGGAAAGUGGCGAAGGAGAGGAAGAGGGGUCGGGUGUCCGCGGAGCUCCUAGAGGGAAGACAAUCGCUUUGCCAAACAUGGCAGGGCAUCUGGAAAGGCCUGGGAAUCUCACCCGCCCUCCCAGGCCCUUCAGGCUCUUUUCGGUCUCACUGGGAGGAGGGGGAGGGCGGCAGAAACUCGCAUUGCUUGCUGGAUCAAGGACAGACAGCUCACCGAACAUGACAGCACCAUAUUGGAACUUCAAAAAGUUCUGAAAACAUGUUGGUUCGUUCGUUGGAGUAUUUUUCAACUCAAAUUCCUUUUCCUUUUUUUUUUUUUUGCGCACUUUUUCCUCUGCAGAAAAACCUUAAAAUGUUCUACCUUUUCCUUGAAACCUCCUCCCACUCCUUAGUUCACAUUGAUUUGUCUUUUAAUGUUUUUGAGCAAAUAAUCAGAAAUGCACAAUUAGUGCUUGGUGGUUCUCAAAUUAUUUCACGCGUGGUAGUUUUGAUUUUUGCUUUUCCAGUGAGGCUGUACCUUUCAUCCUCAGGCAAAUAUGAUGGCUUUCAAAAGCAGCUAUGGGGUGGGAACUGGGAGUGGCUGCAAAUGGGCAUGGAGCGUCUUUUAGAGAUAAUGAAAAUGUGGUGAUUGUUUGCACAACUCUAUAAAUUACUAAAAACUAUUGAAUUUGCAAUUGAAAAAGGGGAGAACUUUAUGAAAUAUAAAUUAUAACUCAAGCUCUUAAAAUGCCUAUGGAAUAAUAAGUAAAGAGUAGUGGGGAUAUGAUCUAUUUUGUGGGGAGACUAGCAGCAAAGUAAGACGUAAAGAUAAAGAAACAUACACUGGCCUGAGGAAGUAACAAAGACUCUCUCUUUGAGCGAACUUUGGACAGGCUCCCCUGAGCCUUCUUUUCAACUAUGCCUUGUCCUUGGGCCCUGUCCUCGGCCUGCCUAGCCCAGUUUUAGCAAGAAUCCUGCUAAGUAAUUCCCCCACCCUUGAUAUCUGAUCACCUUGUCCUGCCUUGAGCAAGAAUCCUGUUUAGUCAGUUGAGCAAGAAUCCCCCUACCCUUGAUGUCUCUCUCCCCUUAGGAAUUUUCUUUCUACUGGUUCCCUCACUCUGCUGCUUGACUGUAAAUCCACACUUGUCCUAGUUGUCUUUGGAUUGAGCUUAAUUCUAUACUAAAGUCUCUUUUCCCCUAUUACAAUAGUACUCAAAAUAUGUCUUUACGUCUUUACUGCUUUUGACUAGUGUCUGGCUCUGUUUCCCUUUGGCAGAAGACACUCUCAGACAGUGCUUCUAGUAGUAUAUAUU